GCCACUCGUAGUCGGCUCGACUCAGCUCACGCAUCCUCCUCCUCUCCCCCCCCGAAGCAUCCAUUCGCUCGUCUUCGCAUGACUCUGCAACCAACGGCCACGGGCUGACACACGGGGUCAAUCUGCCACCGCCAUUCAUCAUGAGCACAUAGGACGCUUGCAGGCUCGACGAUCAUCUCGCAUCUUUCCGCCUCGGGAACUUGGGCCGCCGUCGAGGUGCCCAAUUCCCCAGCGCUGCCCCCAACCUGGGAUCUCUCCAAUCCCGUCCCCACGCCCGCCCGUCGCUGGCAAAGCAACGCACGCUAGGCGGCGACAAUCUUGCAUCGACUGGAACAGCUCCUCCAAACGCACGCAGUCCUGCGACCUCGUCCGGCCCAGCGCUCGCAGCGUCACGGUCUUCCUCGUCACGUCGCGCCGUCGUUUGAGCUCGCUCGUCCGACACCUACCCGUUGCGUCGACGUCGACGCCGCCGCCCUGCGCGCUUCCUUCCAGCCUCCUCCACUUCUACCCUCCCUCGUCGCGGUCGAUAACCACGCAGUGAGGCAGCCGAGCCGCCGUCCUCCCGGCCCCUUGCCGCCAUGGAUCCAGCCUGGCAGCAGUCAUAUCCCGACGCGGCUGCGGCCUCGCGACGACACAACGGCGGUUCUCAGAUGCCGCGAGACUAUGCCGGUCAGCCCGCGCCGCCAGCCGGCGCCGGCUACGGCUACGAUCACGGCCAGUAUCACGGCGGUGCGCCCGCCCACGCCGCCCCCCACGGCACCAUGCAUCACGUUGCCAACCCUGGUGUUUCGUCUCCUAUGGCGCCCGGUCCUGCCAUUCGCGACGGCAACGGCGACGUUGCCAUGCAUGAUGCUCAUGAUGCCCAUGCGGGCAUCAAGUAUCCUAUGCGGCCGCAUCAUCAGACUCAUAUGUCGGGCAGUCGACCCCCGAACCUCCAUUCGCCGCAGGAACAACCGCCGUCAGCUGCAGCCCAGAGGUACUCCCCCAUGGACACCCUCUCGCCAAGCUCCCCAUACGCUCCCAAGUCCAGCCAGUUUGGGAACCCUCCGUCACAGACACAGUCGCCAGGCGAUUAUCCUCAUAGCCCUUACUUCCCAGGAAGGCAAGGGGGGCAACCGUUGCCCUCCAUCACGGCGUUCGCCUCGUCGCAUGAUGGCUACCCUUCAUCGGCCGUUGCUCACCUUGAUGGUAGCUUCGCCAACGACAAGUCGUCCCCGCGACGCCAAAACCCCCCCGCUCCUAAGCCAGUGCCUGAGUUCAGGAAAGUAAGGGCUGCAACCGAUUUGCAUCCGAAAGGCAGCCGUCAGCCACCUUUUAGACGCGCGAAUCCCGAAGGUGGAUUCAUCAGCCCCCUGCAAGCGCUCACUGUCCAUCUCCCUGCUACGUACCGCAUUUGCAAUCCAAGCUUCAAGUACGAGACGUCCCGAAACCCGCGCCGGGUGUUGACAAAGCCCAGCAAAGGUGUGAAGAACGAUGGCUACGACAACGAAGACAGCGAUUAUAUCCUUUAUGUGAAUGAUAUUCUGGGCUCCGAGGAGGCAGGCCACAAGAACCGCUAUCUCAUUUUGGAUGUACUCGGGCAAGGCACGUUUGGACAGGUCGUGAAGUGUCAAAACCUCAAGACCCAGGAAGUCGUUGCGGUAAAGGUCAUCAAAAACCGCACUGCCUACUUUAAUCAAAGCAUGAUGGAGGUUUCGGUGCUCGACUUGCUCAAUACGAAGCUCGACAAGAAUGACGACCAUCAUCUCUUGCGCCUCAAGGACACCUUCAUUCAUCGACAGCAUCUUUGUCUCGUAUUCGAACUGCUCAGCGUCAACCUCUACGAGCUCAUCAAGCAGAACCAGUUCCGCGGCCUAAGCACGACACUGGUUCGAGUAUUCGCCCAGCAGCUACUCAAUGGCUUGGCCCUCCUGAAUAAGGCGCGGCUGAUUCACUGUGACCUGAAGCCUGAGAACAUCCUGUUGAAGAACCUGGAAAGUCCCAUCAUCAAAAUCAUCGAUUUUGGGUCAGCAUGUGACGAGCGGCAGACUGUAUACACGUACAUCCAGUCACGAUUCUACCGGUCGCCUGAAGUUCUACUUGGCCUUCCUUACUCGUCGGCUAUUGACAUGUGGUCCUUGGGCUGCAUCGUCGUCGAGUUGUUCCUCGGCCUUCCGCUCUUCCCCGGAUCGUCCGAGUACAAUCAGGUGUCUCGCAUCGUGGAGAUGCUGGGCAACCCACAGAACUGGAUGAUGGAGAUGGGAAAACAAGCCGGCGAGUUCUUCGAGAAGCGACAGGAUGAAUUUGGAAGACGCACGUACCAGUUGAAGAGUAUGGAACAGUACGCCAGGGAGCACAAUACUAAGGAGCAGCCCAGCAAAAAGUACUUUCAAGCAAGUACGCUACCGGAGAUCAUCAAGUCUUACCCCAUGCCUCGCAAGAACAUGAAGCAGAGCGAGAUUGACCGCGAAAUGAACAACCGAAUUGCUUUCAUUGACUUUGUUCGCGGCUUGCUCACAAUAAAUCCCUUGGAGAGAUGGUCGCCCCAGCAGGCGAAGCUGCAUCCCUUUAUUACCCAGCAAAAGUUCACAGGACCGUUCGUUCCACCCAUGAACCUGAAAUCAAGCUCUCUCAACCGAUCUCCCGCACCGGGAACGCAACAGCAGCAACAGGCUGAGGCCCUCAGCAAGCAGCGAGCACAAGCCGCGCUGGCCCAGGCGCAAUCGGCGGCCCAAGGGGCUUACGCUUCUAUGGCGGCCUCGCAGUACCCACCCUCGGCUCACCCUCAGCCGCCCAUGUACGGUGCCAAUCCUGUUUACAACCCAGCCGCGAGCCACGCCGGCAUGGCCCCUCCCUAUGGACCGCAGGCUGGCCAAUACGGGCAAAUGGUCAUGCAACCCCCCCAGCAGAUCCCUGCGCAAUACGGGACCGUGUCGCAACCGAACGUGUACCAACAGGGAGGCAUGAGGGCCAACAGACAGAGGGCAUCCACAAUGGAACAGCAGCAAAGCGGUAUUCCGGCUGCCAUCCAACGGGUCGCUAGCCACCUUGACCCAAGUCAGCCGAUUCGGCUACAGCCUAGCCCGGCGUACUAUCCGCCCCCUGGCGAAGGAAUGCCUGGCAUGGACACAACGCCCGGUAGGGCUGGCCGGAGAGGAAGCAGAGUCCAGCAAGGCGGUCGGGGGAAUCGAGACUUUAUUCGGAACCUCGAGGAACGGACCCUUGAAGAAGGUUUCAUGGGUAAUCAGAACCCUUGGCAUUGAAAUGGUCGAAUGUGAAUCGCUGGCAUGCCACGCAUACCAGAUCGUUUAUCUCUAAAGCAGCGGAUUCAGCUUACGCAGCAAGAUGCACUUAGCCGAUACGACCUCGACCAGCAGUUGCCUUCAUCCUGUCAACAGGCUUCAGUUUGGGAAGAUGCGCCUGAUUGUCUGCCCAUCCGGCGGCCAGCUUGUAGGCAGCAGCUUCUCCUCGGAUCGUCCAUCAACUUCUACGGCUAGAAAGCCCAUGAGGUUUGAUAGGAUCGACAAUGAGGCGAUGCCAUAGGUGGCUGUAACGUUUACGAUCAUCCGGGACAGAACAACCUGGGUGGAAAGGGCUGGGGCAUGAUAUGUACGAGUGAGGGGCUGAGAGGGGGUCGCCAUGCGUACACGGGGUUUGCAGGUUUUAGGAUCACUUUGUUUUCGUUGUACACGGGAAGGGCCUCGAUGCGUUAGAGGACGUCGGCUCGAAACGCCUCGCACGGCCGGUCCCUGAGCAGUUUCCUUUCCAUUGUCCUUUUUUCCUCAGGAACGCUCGUCACAGACGCUUGAAUCUUUUCUUUUGCUUCUCGCCGUGACGCUGGAGAUUGAGAUAGAUCUCAAAAGGGCGGCCGUCUGGAACGAAGUGGUGUGUUCGUGUCGGCGGGAGACAUGAAUGGCCAGUCGGUGCAGGAGUUGAGGCAGAUGUAGAUACGGUAUCGUUGUGUUGCUCAUACGGGGAAGGGCUGUUUGAUUGUCCAUGUAUGAACAUGAUGACGGGGACCAGGGGACGGUUGCAUAGCAGCAGAAUGGUAUGUGGCAAUGGGUCCGACCGGAGAUGGGCAGAAGCAUUACGGCCAGCUUCUCAUUGGUAUACCUGAGGUAGUUCACGCCAAAGAAAGAAAGAUCUUAACUGAGUCGAC